AUGUACAAUAAUAAUAAUAAUAAUAACAAUAACAAUAACAAUAAUCUGGAAUUUGAUUUUGAUCCAUUUAGCCCUAAAUCAAAUCCAAACACUGUUUCAAAUAAUAGUUUUAACAACGACAAUAAUGGCAUAAAUAACAAUAGUAGCAAUAAUAACAAUAAUAGUAAUAAUAACCCAUUUUUAUUUGAACAAGAUUUUUUCACAACUAAUUAUAAUAACAAUAACAACAAUAAUAUAUUCAAUACCGAUUUAUUACAAUCCCAUCAAUCACCACAACCACAAUUACCACAACACCAAUCACCACAUUUAGAUCAGCAACCUUCUCACUCACCAAAUACAGGUAGAAAAUUAAAUCCAUUUGACAAUAUCGAGUUUUUAUUAUCGUCACAAGCCCCACCACAACCACAACCACAACCACAAAAACAGCAACAACAAAAAAAACAACCACAAAAUAGUGAUUUUUUAAUAGGAAAAUUCGAAAACCUUUUAAAUGAACUAUUAGAUUCAACCGUUGUAAACGAAGCAAUUCAAUCAGAAAAACAAAAAAAUGAAUUGGAAAUAAGAGAGCUUUAUAAAAAAUUGUGGGAACUUCGUGACGAUUCAACACCAGUUCAAGAUUAUUGCCCAUGUGGUUCAUUGUGCAAAAAGACUAUAAAAAAUCAAUAUUAUUCAAUUAACGAAGGUAUUGCUAGACAGCUCAAGACAUUAUUAAAUCAAAAUCAUAGUUAUAAUACAAGCGAGGUUAUUGCUGGAUUUUUUUCAAAAGCAUUAAACGAAUUAAGAAUAAAUUAUUAUAUAUACAAAAAUUUAGAUAUAAAUAAUUUGACAGAAUACAUAGAGUCUAUGGGUGAUAGUGAAAGUAACAGUGGCAUCGGGAAUAAAGGUUUUUACUUGGACAAGCUUCAAAUUAUUGUAAAUAUUUUAAAGUCGGUUAUAAAAGUUUUCAACCAAGUAAAGUUACCGGAUCAAUUGCAAACUAUAGUCAAUCAAAUUUCAAUGUUAUUAUUCAAAUAUUCAGAGAAAUCAACAGGAAAUAAAGGUACCAGAAACAGUAACCUUCUUAUUAAUGAUUUAUUUACUCUUGAUGAAGAUAGCAACCCCCAUGAAAAUAAUGGUUUAAAUAGUGAUAUUGAAAGUUUUCUACUAUCCCUCAAAGAGAAUUUUGAUCCACAGUUUUUAGAAUGGGGCUACUCAUUAGUACAUCCAAGUUUUAGAGAUAUCUUCGAAAGUGACUGGUUAAUAAAAUUAUUCUAUCACCACGAAGAGCCAAAUUUUAAACCAACUUUGAAUGAAACCCAAUAUACCAAUAUUUUAAUGCAAAUCGAUUUCACAAAUAUACCAGAUUCAUAUUUAACAAAUUAUGACGUCAACGAAAAACUUUUAGAGCCCCUUAGAAAAGGUCUAAAUUUUUCAAUUUCAAAAAAUAUGUUAAGAUUAUCAAUUUUAAUUUCAAAAAUAUUUUGUGUUUUAACAUAUUUUAAUAAUGGAUUUUAUUUAGCAAGUUUAAAUACACUGUUUAAAUCAGUUUGGCCUGCACAAUUGAUUGCAACAACUGUUGUCCCAUUAUUAAAUUGGAACAAUUUGGUAGAUUUAAAUUUACUGGGUGGCAUAUUUUGUGAUAUUUACCAAUUAACUAUUACCCCAUCAAAUUACUUUAACCGAAGUUUUAAUGAUAAGUUGCACUCAAGAAAUCAAUUCUUUCAUACUAUAUUUAGAUAUCAAUAUUUGGUCGAAAAUAUUUAUCAAAGUGAUCCAACCGUUGCAGUUUUAAAUAAUAGCACCAAGUUCCCACAAUUAGUAUUGCUCCGUAGAAUUGCUCAGUCUUCAGGUAAAACUGAUUCAAAUCAAAUGGUAAGCGAUGGUGGCUUAAAGUAUGAUUUGUCAAGAUUGAUAUUGGAUGAAUUGUUUUAUUUUGCAUUUGUAUCUAGACCUCAAAACUUUUUAAGUGGUGGUGGCGUUGACUCUAGUACCGCAAAUUUAAUUCAAGGAAUGUGGCCAAUUUUCAAAUCAGAAAUUUAUAACCAACUUUUUAUACUCUUACAAACAUCACCACAUUUAGUAAAUAGAUUCAUGUUUAAUAUAUCUCAGAAUUUAUUAUAUUUGGAUCUUGAGGCAUUCUAUCAAUUUAUUGAACCAGUCAAAGUCGAUCCACUCAAAUAUCAACAGUCAUCACAUAAUAGUUUUAACAAUCCAUUGUACUUUUGGGAUAUGUCUGGAGAUGGGAUUUAUUGGUUAGGUUUGAUUUUAACACACAACCAAAUUCCAAUGUUAAACGACAGCGAGUUUGUUCAAAUCGAUAAUUUAUGUAAUCUUGUAAUUGGUCCUCUUUUAUUCCCAGAUCCAAACAAUAAUAUUCCACAAUUUCAAUUAACACCCAAUAAUAUUUCAAUUGCAUCAACAGUAGUUCAAAAAAUAUUUUAUAAUACCAAUUGGGAUAGAGUUACUCCUAUUUCGCGUCUAAAAGUUGCAUUAUUCUUAAUUGGAGCUCGUAAAUAUCUAUCGCCACAAUCAAAUAUUUUAAAUCAACAUCCACAACAAAAUAAUAAUUGGACUGUAAACUUUUUAUUAAAUUCCAAGCUUUUGUUAUCAAGAGAUACAAAUAACUCUAUAAUUGAACAAAUUAUUAGAAUAGAGCCACAUACAAUCGAUUUCCCACAUGACAAUGGUUUAUUUGAAUUCAUUCAAAUUUUAAUGCAAUUACAAAUGGCAAAUUCAUUUGUAGAAAAGGAAGGAAAUAUUCAAGAAGCCUAUGAUAUUCUUAGCAGAAUCAUUUCAAAAAUUACCAGAGUCUGUGGCAACAAUUUUGAAUACUCAUCAAUUAUAUUAUGCAGUGUUGUAUUUAUAUUCAGAACAACUCCAUUUAUUAUCCAACAAGAGUUUAAUAUAUUAUUUCAUCUUAUUACUCAAUCUAGAAAUGAUUUUUCUCCAGGCCUCAAUGUUUUAAUUGGUGUAAUGAGAUCAUGGUUCCUACCGCAUCUUGCACAACAACAAAAUACCAUUCUUGAAAGGGGCAACAAUUUAGAAACUAAUAUUAGUGCAUGGGUAUACUUUUUAAAGUCAAAUCUUAUGGGUGAGGAGAAUUUAACAAUCUUAAAUUUUAUGGUAUCUGGUGUAUUCUUUAAAUCUUUAAAUGAUUUGGUUUCCAACAAUGGCAGUGACUUGAUGAAGACCGUUAUUGACGCUAUUUUAUUAGAUUCACCAAAUAUUGUUCCAUCAACUAAGAAACUGGGAAUGAUGGCAAUUCGUAAACCAUGGAUAACAUAUGCAUUAGCAAGAGCAUCGGUGUCAACUAAACAAAUUGUUUCAUCGUCAUCUAGAAAAGAAGCAAUGUCACUGUUUAAAGAAUUGGCAUUGCUUUUUAAAUCUGAGCCACUCAGUCUAAUAUUUUGGGAACAAUUUUGGAUUAUUUAUUAUGAUGGUGUUCAUUCAGGAAUUGAUUCACUUGGUUCAGACUUUAAACAUUCGUUGCAUAAUCACAUUGAAUCUUUAAUUCACAAAGGCCCAAUUUUACCAGUCAUUAAAAGAACAUUCGAAACAUUCGAUUCAUGGAACCUUCAAUCCAAUUUACCAUACCAAAGAAGAUUAAUUCAUCCACAAAACACCGAUUUAUAUAAUUUGGUUAAACAACAAGUUUCAUUCGGUUUCUUUGAUGCAAUUAAUACAGUACAGUAUGACAAUAAACAAAAAGGAUGGCUAUUAAAUCAAAAUAUUAACUUACCAAUUGACGAGUUAGUUUCGAAAUUUUUGUUUGUAAAUAAAAACCAACAAUCCAACACAAAUAGUAAUCAAUCAAGAAUUAAAGAAGAGCUUGAAAAGUAUAAUGGUUUUAUUGAAGUUUGUAAAAAUAUUUCGCAAUCAUUGUUAGAAAAUAAAGAAAGAAACAUCGAUUCAUUAAAGAUUUUUAGGGAUGUAAGACAAUAUUUAGGUCAAAGCAAAUCAUUAUCAAAAUCAAUUCUAAAUGAAGAUAAAGAUUUUCUCACAAAAAGUGAAAAUUUGUAUACAUCCGAAACACUUCAACACAAUCAAAAUAUUAAAUGUUCAUCACCAACUUGUAUUGGCAUUAAUAUUGCAGUUAAAAUUCGUAAAACAACUAUUAAUGAUGAAAUUUCAAAACAAAUUGCAGAGAAUAGAAGAUUAUUUAAUGAAGAUUUUUAUAGCUUUUUUGAAAAGAUUCAUCAACUUUCAAUUUUAUCUAGUAUUAUGGAGGAUGAAUUUUUUAUAAUGCAAUUUAUAAAUGUGCAACAAAAAGAAGAUUUCUUCAAGUAUUUAAUCUCAUUAAUGUCAGAUUAUCAAGAUAGUAUACACAAAUCUAUAUUUAUUCCAUUCUUUACAGAGUUGGCCUUAACCGUUGGUAAACAAAUUAUUGAUAAAAAUUUGGACCAAUACUUUUUAAUAGAUACAUUUUUACCAAAGAAUUUAAAUAUCAUCACCAAAAAUAAUAACAACAGAAACAAAGAUCAAGAUAUAGAAAAUAUAGAUAGUCUUAAAGAUUAUUCAAUUUUUAUUAAAUUAUUCUCACCAAACAGAAUUGAAUCAAUUACCGAAUAUAUAGAUAUUUUCCAAAGAGUUGUUAUAAAUUUACCAAAGGUUCUAUCAUUGUCAGAUUUAAAACAAGUUAUUAAAUCAUUUAAUUUAAAUGAAAGAGUACCAACAAAUGGUGCAUCAAGAAGUACAUGCAAUACAAUAAACUCAGCGCCAAACAGUGGAUUCUAUUCAAUAUUGAAAGAUUAUCCAGAACAAAAAAGAUCCUCAAUUAUUAUGUCAAUAGUAGAUUAUUUAACCAACCCUAAAACCGCUGUGCCAUCUUUUACAAGUAUCUUUUUGUUGAAUAAUAUUCUAUCAUAUGAGUUUAUGAAUGGAAGAAUGUUGGAUGGUCAUUUAAAUAACCUUAGAGAUAUUGUCAUUAACUCUAUUAAAUCUUCAAUCAAUAAUUCAACCAAACAACCAUCACCAACUAGCAACAUUGUAUCAAUAGAAGAUUUUAGACUCUCAAUUAAUCUUUUAACAAAUCUAAUAGUAUUGGUACCAAAGAGUGUUAAUAUGCUCUGGGAUGUAUUCUUUAAUUCAUUUGUGCCAUUAUUGGAAUCAUACAAUAGCAUCAAUAAAAACAUUUCAUCAUCAUCUCCAGUAUCAUCAUCAUCACCAUCGUCAUUCUCAUCAGAUGACUAUUAUAGUGGUUUUGAUUCAGUAGAUAAAGAAAUUAGAACAAAUGAUUACCUGGAUUGUAUUACAGACUUCUUUGGUGGCUUAGCUAUUGACUCUCGUUUAUCAAGUGCUGUGUUCCAUAUUAUUUCAAGUGAAACUCUUGAUCAAAUGAAUUAUAUUAUCUCAGAAACCAUCUUUGGCAAUAUUGUGGUAAUUUUAUUCUCAAUAUUAGAUUGGAGCUUACUAUUUAAACAGGCUAAAAUUCCAAAUAGAACCGCAUUAAACUAUUUAAAGCUUUGUAUGUAUAUUUCAAUCGUAAAUGGAACCCAAAUAACAUCACCAGAAUUUAGAUUAAAUUUAGCUACCGAGGGAAAUUUAGAUUGGUAUAAGUGUGGUGAUCUCUCUGAAGCUAGUUUAAUAUUUGAUGGAUCUGCAUUUGUCAAACUUUUAACAAGAUCAUCUUUAAUGCAGUCAAAAACAAAACAACCAAACGCCCAUAUAAUGUCGUGUUUAAAUCAUUUCAAAGACAUCACAUUGUUUUUAGAUAAUUAUUCGUUAGCCACCGCUUUAACAUUGGAGAUUAGAAGUUUAAUUUACUUGGUCAUUCAAACACCACGUAAUUAUUGGUUUUUAAGUUAUAACGAGCAAGAAUCCCUAUUGAAGAACAUUCUUCUGCCAUUAAUUCGUUCAUUAGCCGAUAACCAAGUAUUAAAGAACUCGCCCACAGAAAUUUCUGGACCUCAACAAAGAAUGAAAUCAGUUAUUAAAGUUAUGCUCUCAUGUUUAGAUGAUGUUUCAUAUCCAAUGAAAUCAAACAUUCAAUUUGCUAUUUUUGAAGCCAGUGGUCUUGUUGAUAAUCGUGCAAAUAAAGAGCUUUAUAAUAAAAUAUCUGCUCUAAUUCUUCAAUUCUGUUCCUCAUGUUCAAAGAACCUUUGCCUGCAAAUUAUGUCUGCUUCCCAUUUGGCUCUUGGUAGCUCAUUAUCAAACUAUUGUAAUGUGGUCGAGAAUAUUUUAAGGUCAUUCUAUUCAGAUGCUCCCGACUCUGCUGAAUAUAGCUUAAAUAACCAAAUGACUUUAAUGGUAGAUAAAUAUUUAGUAUUACCAAAUACUGACGAAAACCCUUCAAUUCUUAUAAAGAAAUGUAUUCAAGAAAACUGUCAUCUUCUUCUCUUUAUAGUUGUUAUUCAGACUCAACGUAGUGAUAGAUUAAAUUUAUCAGAUUUCCUUGACAACAUUACAAAUAUUACAUUUAGGAAUAACCAUGAAUAUGAAUUAUGGUUAACUUGGUUAUUGGUUAUUAAAGUUUUAUCACACCCAUCAGUUGUAAUAAAAGGAAACAAACAUUUAUUGAAUAAAAUUGAACAUGUACAAGAUUGGAUUUCUACUUUUUAUGGAACAACUAUUAAUAAAAUUUCAGCAUUUUUUGCAAGUAAUAAACCAAAGACUAUUAUGGUUCAAACUCAUUUGGCAGCAAGAUCAUGUGUAUUAUAUUUACAAAGAGUUUUAAUUCAAAAAGGUGAAAAGUCAAAAGAACAUGAAGGUUUAUUAAAUCAAAUCUCAGACAAUAUCCGUGAAUUAAAAAAGAAACCAAAUCUUUAUUCUCCAUACGAAGAAUUCUUUAAUGAAUGUGAUAACUUUUUAUCUCCAAUCGUAGAAUAUGAAUAUUUUUCAACCACACUAAUAAGAACUUUAGUUCCUUUCGCAUCAUAUAUAAUAAACGUUUUAUCAUAUGAAUAA